AUGAUGGCCGAUGAUCCAAUGCCCACUCGCUGGUCGUUUCAGGUUUUGCACUUUCUCUUCUCCGCAGAACCCAUUCUGAUUCUCGAUUUCUCUGUUUUUCGCUUUUCUUUCCUGAGGAAUUCCGCAUCGCAGUCUUACGUAGUUUUAAUCUUGGAUCUUCAGGACUUCAAAUUUUAUUAUGAUGCUAAGUUUGGUAGGAAGAAGGUCCAGAAGAACGGCGAGACUGCUGAUAAACCGGUGGUCAGUAAUGGAGGUUCGUUGGUCAUCGUGUCCAAUGGCAAUCCGCAUUCAAAAAGGGCAUCGGAAAUGGCUGUUUAUGAGCAGUUUCAAAUUGAGGGGCAGAACCAGAUUCACUCAAAUGGUUUUUCGCCGGUUAAUAUGUGUGAAAGGCCGCAGCGGUCAUUGCUUCCACCUUUUGAAUCUGCAGAAAUGCGAACUUUAGCAGAGAGCCUAAGUAGGGAUAUCAUUCGUGGAAGUCCAGAUGUUAAGUGGGAAAGUAUCAAGGGCUUAGAGAAUGCCAAACGUUUACUGAAAGAGGCUGUUGUUAUGCCAAUUAAGUAUCCCAAGUACUUCACAGGUCUGUUGUCACCAUGGAAGGGCAUCCUCCUUUUUGGGCCACCAGGCACAGGAAAGACAAUGCUUGCAAAGGCAGUUGCGACAGAGUGCAAGACUACUUUUUUUAAUAUUUCAGCAUCAUCUGUAAAGUUAUUUUGGACUGCAGGUGAUUCAGAGAAGUUAGUGAAAGUGUUAUUUGAACUUGCAAGGCAUCAUGCUCCCUCAACAAUAUUUCUUGACGAAAUUGAUGCAAUUAUUAGUCAACGUGGUGAAGCUCGCAGUGAACAUGAAGCAAGUAGACGGUUGAAAACUGAGCUUCUUGUUCAGAUGGAUGGUUUGACCCGAACAGAGGAACUGGUUUUUGUCUUAGCAGCGACAAAUCUUCCCUGGGAGUUGGAUGCAGCCAUGCUCCGACGUCUUGAGAAGCGAAUCCUUGUACCACUUCCAGAACCAGUAGCGAGGAGAGCAAUGUUUGAAGAACUUCUUUCUCAACAGCCUGAUGACGAACCGAUCCCCUAUGAUUUACUGGUUGAUCAAACAGAAGGAUAUUCAGGGUCAGAUAUCCGAUUACUCUGUAAAGAAACAGCAAUGCAGCCAUUAAGACGACUGAUGUCACAACUUGAGCAGAGACAGGAGGAGGUGGUGCCUGAAGAAGAGUUGCCAAAAGUUGGACCAAUCAGAGCUGAAGAUAUAGAGACAGCAUUAAGAAACACAAGACCAUCUGCUCAUCUCCAUGCCCAUAAAUAUGACAAGUUCAAUGCUGAUUAUGGUAGUCAAAUAAUACAAUGA